AUGCCGUCUCCCGGAAUAUUGAGGCAGGCGAAAUGGGACGUGCAUCUGGCGGACACAAAAAUUUCCAAAUUCGAGUUAAUUUUUCGUGCGGUUCAAGGUGGUGGCUCACGACCUUCAAGAUGGCCACCAUGGCAUGAAUUGUCAAUUUGCGUCUACUUUGCCACCUCCGAAUUUCAGCUCAUUGACAGAGGAUUUAGCUACCGUGUUCGUCUGCUCGAAGCGAGCUCGAAGUACGGCCUUGGCGGUUCUGGGUGCUUUCAUCCUCUUCCAGAAUCGUGCGGGGAAGGGGAUGAUGGAACAGACGAUGGAACACUUCGCGUCGAAGUUGGGUCCACCUUCAACUCCAGUCUGAGGCUAGUUCUCGAACUGACGAAGUGUAGGAUCGUUGGUCUAUACUCCAACUUCCACAUUCUCCACCUCGGUAGAUCCACUGUCCUUUUGCUGCUUCCAGCAGACGCGUUCUUGCAGCCUCCACAUCUUGUCCGUGACCCGUCAGACAUUUACCACGCAUCUGGUGAGCGUGACCAACAAUUGGAGGCAUGUGAACGUGACCCGCGAACAAAGCGGCGGACAGUAACCGAUUGCUACAUGAUUAUCCUGCAACGCUGGUCAAAGAUUGAGACGCUUCUAUCGGGCAUCAUUUCUGACACCAUUGUGCAAGACGAUUCAACAGAACUCGAUGACCUAAAUGCGUCGCGAAGAGCAGCGCAGAAUCUGUUGUUGGGGAUGCAGCAGAACAUGACCGACUUGGUGCACGCCGAGAAGCUGCGGUACUUCGCGGACAACCUGCUGGAGGAUUACGUGGACAUAAACGAUGGUAACCCCAAACACCGCACCCUCAUCGAGUGGAUGAAGGCGCCAGACGCCAAGCUCAUCAACUACGAUAAACUCACCGUUCAAAGGCGCAAAGAGGGUGGAAAAUUCUGUAAAAUAGAGCUCUACGGAGUAGCACUGAAAGACUGCUUUUUCCUUCUUCGUCAGGACCCCGAAACGGGAAAGUUUGCGAUUUACCGCGACACCAACAUGCCUCCAAUCCUCAUAUGGACUUUACACUUCGGCUACUUUCGGGAUCAGGCCGGUUCACCACUGACCUUCAUCAUCAUCAUGGACACCAAUAACGCCACACCGACCUUGGACAAGUUCGAGUGUUCCACCUACGACGAAGUGGCGCGGUGGCAGAAGGUCUUUACCGACGGAUUCGAUAAUUUCGGCAAGGUCAACGAACCGGAACUGGAGACAUUGUGUGAGUUGGAACAAAAAACGUUCAUUCCUACCAUGCAGAAGAACACCAGGCAACUUGAGUUCGCGGAGGCGCGAAGGAGGCGUCAGGAGGAGAAGUUGGAGUUGAUAAGCUCCCUGACGACGGACAUUUUUGCUCAGUGGGAAGUCCGAAACAUUGCAUUUAGGGCGCUCAUGAUUGACGAGGGUCUGACCACACCAGCAUCAAGGUCAAGCAGCUCUCGCUCAACCAAUAGGGAUCCGUUCUUCAACCGAAGAUCGAUUACCAGUCAGUCAGAUUUGCAACAAUCUGAAGACGAGCAGAUAAGAGUGCGAAAUCUUCAUGACAGGUUCAUGAAAAGCGUUAUGCGCCUGGCGAGUUUAUGCGGUGAGGUGGAUUCUACGGGCUUGAGUCGAAGUGCAUCCGAUGCCGCCGAUCGUCGUCUCUCCUGCAGCAGCGCAAUGCCGCCUACGCCGGAAAUUGCCGCCGCCUACGACAGUCUAAAAAGUACGUUCCACUUCAAAUCCGAUACCGCUCCUGCUUUGCAUUGUUUCACUUCGCAGAAUCGAUUCUCAAAUAUCCUGCGUACUGGCAGUCGACGUCGAGCUGACGGUGCCUCUGUCAUCGCCUCUCCAACUGACUUCCAACGCGAUGACUGGACGCCUGGAAUGGAUCUGUCUGACGGGGCCUCAGAAUCUUCGUUGGCCACCUUCUCCAACUCCAACGCGCUGAUCGCCGACAUCCAAGAACUGGCAAGGAGUCUUCUGGAGAACUACGAUAAUCAGUAUAUUCAUUGUUUGGAGAUGGAAAAGGACAUUAUACGUCUCAAGGCCGAAGUGGACAUCGCAGGAGGGCAAACGUCGAUUAAUGCCAAGCGCGAGUUGGAAUACUUGCGGUCGCUGCAAAAGAAAACUGAGUGCGAGCAGAAGGCGUGGAACGCCUACAAGCAAAAAGAGGAAGCUCGACUUGAGCGUGAGGACCAGAAGCUGAAGAACCUCGCCAAAGACCUCGCGGAGAAACAGCACCACUACGAAGAGGAUCGCCGAACUCUUCAGGAGCAGAUCGACCUGCACGCCAGCCGUGGCAUUGAAAUGGGCAGGCUCAAGGCACACGGUGAAUUGAAACGCUCUACUUGCGACAUUUGCGUAACUGAGGUAGAAAGUACCUCCCUCCCUCUCACCCAAAGCCAGUCCCUCCGAAACGAGACCAGACCCGUACCUAAGGGCAACCUUCCCGCGCCUGUCACUAAGGAACUGGAGGACCGGCUGCAAAAACCAGACCUUACAGGUCCCCCAGGUACCAACAGGCCUCGCGUCGCCUCCAGCGAAAGCCUCAACGGUCUGCACCCUGGGCACUCUCCACAUCCGCGUAAUCACGAGUUCGAGUACACGGGAGGCGCGUCGAUGAACACCGCACGACCGCCUGCGGGUCCACGCACAGCAGGCGACCUGCCGAAGACGCCGGGUGUCAGCGCGACCAACUCCACCCUCGGUGAUCUACCUGCCAAGCUCGCCACCAAGUCGCAGUCGAAAUCGCGGAGUGUGAAGAAGCUUCUACGGCACUAG